GGAUCCCGGAAUAUUGGCUAUAGUAGCAGGCGAUAGUGAUUACGUACCAUUAGUACAAAGUGCUCUGGAUAAAGGGUGGAAAGUUGAAAUAUGGUUCUGGUCAUCAGGAUUAUCUGGAGAAUAUAAACCUAAAUUAUCUAAUAAAUUUGGUAUAAACUAUAGCCUCCAUUUUCUGGAUGAUGAAUAUAAAAAAUUUACAUAUGCACGUAGUCCAGAAUCUUCUCGGGAAUUCACUUUUAAAAUCGAACAUAAAUGUGUUGAAAUUUUAAAAGAUGAAGACGUGUUGAAAAUUUUCGUUGAUUUGGAUUUAUUUGGAUGGUGGCAUUGGAAUAAUUAUAAUCAUUUAUUUAUUUAUGUUAAUACAGGAAAACAGAAAGAAGAGGUAGAAAAGGUGUUUAAACGAUUUGAAGAAAAUGAAGAACACGAACAUUUAAAACUUCUAGUAGAAAUAUAUAAAAAUAAGCUUAGCGAAAAAUAA